AUGAGGACAUCUGCUCCCACAUUCGUAAUGACAAGCUUCAAAGUAUCUGAUGAGACAAUAACGGCUGCAAAGAUGGCAAUGGAAGAGAAAGGCUUUUCCUACACCGGUACAGCUCCAGGAACAAAAUCAUUGGCGGCAGUGAUAAACAAGAACCCCGUAUUUGUUGCCGGGUUUAUCAACGGAGUACACCGCCCGAGUGAGGCUGACAGGCAUGCAAUUUGUGACACCCUUGGCCUAUCAGCUGAACAAACGGCAGAGUAUGAUCGCCCGCCGGUAAGAAAGUUCGCAGAAAUACCAAACGAUCCCUUCAACUACAGGUUGAUUGAAGUACUUGCAAACUAUGGGGAUCCGAUAAGGGAGAUCAUCGGUGAACUCUUCGCAACGUUCUCACUACCAGGCGACGCGCCGGGACGUGGAAACGACGGAAUUAUGAGUGCAAUAGACUUCAGCUUCCAUAUGUUUAGGCGCUCAGAAGGCAACACACUGCCUGAAAUGACGCUCCAGGAGGCAACUCCGCAGAUCAAUGAAAGAGUCACGAUCGUCAUGGACGGAAAGUGGCUGAACUUCAAGGCCUUCGUGUCUUAA